GGGGCACAUUUGAAACUAAACACGCCACAUGCACGAGCGUAGUCCCUGGUAACGCAUCAGUUGGGUGCUAAGCGAACUAGCGGUUUAUAAAUGUCAGCUUUUAGUAAAACAUAUAGGUUUUAAGUUUUUAGGUCUUAUACCUACGACUGAGCGACUGGUGGUCUAACACAGCUAGUAGCUAGCUUGCUAGCUAGAAGUUAUUUUUCAAUCUUUCUCGAGUCUUCGACGCUUUUCCGUUAUUGGUGAAACCAGCGCGAUAACAUUGGUAUGGACCCUGCUGCUAGAAUCAGAUCAGCAAAAGACCGGAUUGUUCCAAAGCCCGACAGUGAAAAGGGGGUAAUCGAUGGACCAAAAAGGGUUCCAGUCUCACACAGUUGCCCUAAGACUGCACCAGUGCCAAAUCACACGCAUGUUCUAAGCGUGUCACAGGGGCCACAGCGUGUCCAGAGACCACGGAGUCAACCGAAGCCCGCAGUUUGUGGCUCUGCGGUGAAAAAUGUUGCAGAUCAGAACGUCAACCCUGCUCAGACUCCGCCUCUGUCCCAGGCUCCGCCCAAGUCACAACCACCGUGCCAGCCUAAAGCUGGUGAUGUGUCUGAGCCUGUGAGAACUGUUGAACCCAGGAAACAGGAGAGACCUGACCAGAAAUCACCUAUUAGAACCAACACAUCCAGUGCUGAAAAAAAACCCUGGAGCUUGGACAACUUUGAUAUUGGCCGAGCGCUGGGGAAAGGGAAGUUUGGGAGUGUGUACCUGGCCCGGGAGCGCCAGACCAAGUUCAUCCUGGCUCUGAAGGUGCUGUUUAAAAAGCAGCUGGAGAAAGCUGGUGUGGAACACCAGCUGAGGAGAGAGGUGGAGAUCCAGUCUCAUCUCAGGCACCCCAACAUCCUGCGUUUGUAUGGCUACUUCCACGACUCUGCACGCGUUUACCUCAUCCUGGAGUUCGCUCCAAGGGGCGAGCUGUACGGGGAGCUCCAGCGCUGUGGGAAGUUUGAUGACCAGCGCAGUGCCACGUAUAUCAUGGAGUUGGCUGAUGCCCUCUACUACUGCCACUCGAAGAAGGUGAUCCACAGAGACAUUAAACCAGAGAACCUGUUACUGGGGUCCAACGGAGAGCUGAAGAUCGCUGACUUUGGGUGGUCUGUCCACACGCCUUCCUCCCGGCGAUCGACUUUGUGUGGUACCCUGGACUACCUUCCCCCAGAGAUGAUUGAGGGCAAGACCCAUGAUGAGAAGGUUGAUCUCUGGAGUCUUGGGGUACUCUGCUAUGAGUUUCUGGUUGGGCGUCCUCCCUUCGAAACGAAGAACCACGAAGAAACUUACCGCAAGAUCUCUAGGGUGGAGUUCACCUACCCUGCCCACGUGAGCGAGGGAAGCCGUGACCUGAUCGGCAGACUGCUGAAACACAACCCCAUGCACCGGCUCCCCAUCCACGGAGUCCUGAUGCACCCUUGGGUCGUGGAGAACUCCAUCAAGACGCCUACCACGUUUACACCAGCCGCCAAGGUUGGACAGUGAAGAGGAGCUCGUUUUGCUGGUUGGGAUGGUGACUGGUGGAUGAAGUUGAAACCCUGUGGAUUAUUGAUGUUUGGAAGAGAAGCAACAGGAACCCUGAGCAAGACUUCCUUCUAACCAGACACUGGGCAGGACCACGUGUGUUUUGUCAUCUUGACUCUUGUGCCACUUUCCUGUCUUAUCUAUCUCCUGUAAAUAUUUAUCUGUUCAGAAUUAUGAGAUGAUCUACCUGUUAUUACUUGAAACAAUAAAUGGAUUUUUAUAUGUCGCUGAAAUUGUUUGCGGAAACAAUGAUGCAUCUUGACUGUUGCCAGUUUUAGCAUUUUGAUAAGUACUCGGUGUUCUUUCCCUGGAUGAGUGCAAAAUGUGUCCAUUUGAGACAGGUGCUUUUACCACAACUGUUUGGGUUUUGUGUUUCUGGGCUUUAGUUCAUUGAACUCACACUUAAUAGGAUCUUGGUGAAUAAAAGAAUGCUAAUGUCCACUU